AUGGCGCCGCCGAAGAAAGGGAAGCCGAAGAGCGACGGCAGUGUUCCGCCGUCUGCCGGCGGGGCGGCGGCGGCAGCGGCGGCCCAGUUCCCUCGUUCUAUUCGGCUCGUCUCGCCCUCGACUGUCGCCAUAAAUGUUCAUGCGAAGCCGGGUUCGAAGGUCGCUACGAUCACAGGUAUUCCUUCAGAACUCCUACGUCAUUUCUCUUGUGACAGUUGCUCCUUUCCUGGGCGCUGAUCGCUCGACGAUCUUCUUUGUCGUUGCCAGACUUUGACGACGAGGCCCUGAGCGUGCAGAUAGACGCACCUGCGAGGGACGGGGAGGCGAACGCCGCGUUGCUGGACUAUAUUGGCUCGGUGGGUUGCUCCGGUCUCUCGAGAACUAGGGCUUCGUUUUCUUUUCUCACAUAUUUUCUUCCAAAUUCCUCGUCUCUUCCUGUGCUUGAAGAUCAAUUAACUUUUCUAUGUUCACUGUACUUUUCUCGAAUUGUUUGGGACCGAUGACUUCUUUUCUCUCUUCUUACGUUUCCGAUUUUCGAUCUCUGAUCAAUACGGAAGCCAAUCCGACUCCUCCUAUCAGGUUUCCCUGCGGUGAGGGUUCUUUUCUUGCUCUCUUUAGGGUUCGUGAGGCUGUGCCGUUGAACGCCUGACCAGGUGAGGGGCUCCCAUUGUUUUUGACAAGAUACAAUACGAAAGUUGGAGCAUCACACUUGAGGUUUUCCUCUUCUUCCUUUCCUUCCAUGGAUUUGGCGGACUCCCAGAGUCAUUGGGAGGUGAAGCUUAGGCUAGGGUUGCUAUGGAUGGAUCAUGUGUAUUGCUCCUGAAGUAGAUCCAUUGGUUCUAUCUGACUGGAUGGAUUGUGGGUACGAUGAUCUUACUUGAUCACAGUCUCCGGGUCAACUCCUGGUUUGCCCAGCAAAAGCCACUUGCGAAGCACAAGUCCACAAGAAGAGAAAUACAAAGCCAUGACUUGAAUUCGAGUUUAGGUUUCUGUGAGGUAAUGAUCAUCAAGGAAGGCAGCUGAAUAAACUCCGACAAGCUCCUCCUUGAGCAGUAUUCAUCCAUCUGAACUCUUCAGCCCUUUACUACCUGCACCUGAAUCUAUGAUCACCGGCUAGUAGCCAGCGACUUGACUCGGAUCAGCUUUGAGCAGUACUUGAUUUUUUUCUCUUAUGACCACCUUUGCUAACAUAUUAGCUGCGCCAUCGUCUGUUCCAACCCACUCAAGAUCAGCAUCUCGGAUUAAUGUGAUAUAUAUUAUUUAUUUAUUUGCCUGAUCGAACUGAAUUUAAGACUUUCUUGUUGAUUGGGGGCUGACUGAAUUGCGUCUGGCGCAUCUAAGUAUCUUCAUUAGUACAAGGCAAAGAUUAUAUGAAUUCAUUCUUGGUUUCAAGAUACUGUGGAUCCGGAAGAACCAUUUUUUUGGAAAUUGAUGUGAUAUAAAUGCCCCCAAUGGUGUUCCCGGAGAUCUCGUUGGUUUGUAUUGCUGGCAUCCAUCUCCAUCGUCGCCCAUUAUUCUCAAGCUUGAUCGCACUCUAUGCAGCUUUUAGGAGUAAAGAGGAGGCAGCUGUCGAUCGGUUCUGGCUCCAAGUCCAGAGAGAAGGUUGUGUUGGUGGAGGAUCUCUCUCUUCAGAAUGUAUUCGAUUCACUGAACAAGGCUCUGCAAAUGUGA